UUCCUCGUUCUCUGGCGCUGGGCCCCCAGCUGGGGCAGUCCCGCAGCCGAGUGCAGCCAGGCGCGCGCCACCGCCCACUCGCCCUGUGGCCGCUACAGCCCAAAAGUACCCCGGGCUGGGAGCUGAGGGGACAGCGGGGAUCCUGAGCUCUUAACCCGAGCGAGCGGGCGUGUCCGCAGCCGGAGGACUACCUGGAGGACAUGGAGGUAAAAGACUGGGGCGAGGACGCGGGCCUGGGGGUGGGGGAGAGUGAGGUCAGAGCGCUCCUGCCCAGGUCGCUGUCCCUGCUCUCAGCAGGGAGCACGCAGCUAGACCGCCGCCUGGGCCGAGUGAAAGAGGUGGGUCCUGCUCCUAGGAGACCCCUGUGGGCCGGUGUGGGCUUGUCAGGAAAGGACCUCAAGGCGAAGGAGAGGGCCCUUUGUAGGGAUUCAGGUGUUCUGACUGUGCAAAUUCAUUUUUUUAAGAAAAUAAAACUUAGGCACAGCUAAAGUCAUACAUAAACGGCUAAAGGUGUGAGCCAAGAAACCGCCCCCCCCUCCCCGGAACAGAGCUGGCAGUUGAGGCGAGGACUCUGUCCGCAUGGCUUCCUCUUUUGAUCAGAGCGUGGCUUUUCUGACCAGUUGUUCUCUUCCUUCUGAUGUCCCUUGUUUCUGUCACAUCUUCUUUAUAACUUUCUGCAAAGUUCCCUUGCCGCCGAUCAAAUAAACUUACUUCUGAGAAAUUGGAGGCUUUCCAAUAUGCCUUGCCUCCUGAGGUUGUGUACACCUUGGGGUGUGGUAGCCAUCUGAGAGGUAUGCAGGGGUGAGUCCCAGACUUUCUCUGCACUUUUCCAACCUCAGUGGAAUACAGCCCAGCCCACCACAUCUUUCCAUCCAGGGCGUACUGGUUCACCUAGCUCCCUCCUCCAGGACCACAGAUUUCCAAAGAAUGUCUCCCUUCAAACCCAGACCAGCAAGAGAUGGGUGACCUUUUAUUUUAUCCUGAUCGAUCUCAGCAGGACCUGGGAUUUUCAAAGAGGAAAAAGGGGGCGAAAAACCCCACAGGCCUUUCAGGUGAUUCCUACUCCCAUUCAAAAGGAAACUGCUCCUCGUUGCCCAAGGUCUGCAGAGGUCGCAGUGCACAGACGUCCAAUCUCUCCCAGGCCCCAGUCUACUCAUCUUUUCUAAGCUUCCCUGUCUGCUUGCCUUCUCUAACAGAAUAGCAAGGCUGCACAUUCAACUCGACCAGUGGUCAUACAGGAACAAGGAUUGUAUUCUGUAUUCUGGGCACUUGGGGAGUGCUGAGUACCCAGGAUGUUGGGGUCUGAGAUGGACUUUCUGUAGACAUUUUCAAGUCAGGAAGUCGUUGAUUAGGGUAGAUAGACAACAAAGCAUUCCAGAUGGGUUCUUACAUAUGGUCAAGACCCUGCAAACUCAAAGCAGUAGGAUUCUCUGUGCUGGCUACUACUACAGGGCAGAGGAGGGAAAUGGAGCAGGGGGUAUUCAAGUUGCUGGACCAGGGAAAGGCUCAGAAAGAAACGCUGUACUUAGAAGCUCCCUCCUCAGGGAGAACUCGGGGUCCCUCGGGUGACAAGCUAGAAGCUGUGGGAUCACUCACAGAACUGUAAGGGACCUAAGAUGGAGGCCUAACUAGACUUAAGGGGGUGCCACUCGAAGGCCCCAGUGUGAGUUCUAACCUUAAUCUAGGGAAACACAGAAGGGCCCCCUUCACAGGACCACUUAGUCCUCCCUCAGCUGAGGAAGAAACAGAGGGAGUCCGGGCCUCUGAAAGUAUCAGCCCAGCAGCUUCCUGUGUGGCUUGGUAGGUGGGAGGCACGAAAGAGAAGACUCCCAUCUACAAGCUGAUGUAUAGAGUAACGGAAAAGGGCUUGGAUGGAGAUAGCCAGAUUUCUGUGUGCCAAAGGCUGGACCAGCUAGCUAGCACUUAGCUGUUAAAGGAGGUAGAGAGGAAACAGAAGACAGAGGAGCUGACAGGUUCUCAGCUAGGAAGUGAAAGUCAGUGACAGGUGUAUUGCCUGCUCAUGAGUGGAGCUAGGACCUGAAAUCAGUCUCCUGAAGGAGGCUACUUACUUUAUUUGAGAAGAAACCAUGUUAUGUCAUGUCCUCAUCUUGAGCAUUCAACCCAGAUCAGCAGGGCCUGCUAAUCACACUCAGACUCUACCCUGCAGUUCCCUACCGCAAUGUUAGGGAAAUCUUCAAAUCCCCGUGACCACUGUCAGCCGCAUUAAUCACAUCUCAGCCUACAGGGGCCUCCCUGGAAUAAACAAAGCAAGGUAGCACUUGACCUGUGCCUUUUUAACACUCGAAAUUCAGUCGAGGAAACAGGACCCACACAUCCUGUCACUGUGUGGUUAAUGAAUGCCUCUGCAAGCGUGACAUGUGCAGGCCAGAGUAGCUGCUGCUCAGGGCGUGAUUGGGUAGAGAAACACGAGGACGGGGUGCAGGGCGAACACACUGGCUUCAUUCAGGGAGGUAGGAUGGUUGGUUGGAAGGGAAGAUAGGGGUCCCUAAACGAAUAAAAGUGAAAAUAACAAGAUAAAGCCAUUGAACAAAUGAGGUCCCCCUCUAGAGGUGGCGCUGGGGGCCAAAAUCUAAGCCACCUAGAAGUCGUUGCUUUUUCUCCUUUCCUAGCUGUGCUCCCCACUCCUACCUUUUUCUAAUUUACCAUUUUCAGACCUCGAGGGCAGCUCAUGAGUGGCCCUGGAUUCUGCCCCACAGACAGUAGGAAACUGAGAAGUUCUGUAUGAGGUGGCAGACGUGAUGCCACCCAUUGCGUAUGCAAGGUGCUCAAGCCCCUCUGAGGCUCUGGACAAUGUGUAGCCUGACUCCCAGAGAAGGACAGAGAGUAAAGACAUUGUGCUGGAGGGAAAGGGGAACCACACCUGCAUUUGGGUUCACCAGGGUGUCCAGGAGGGAGGACUGCACAGCAUAUGUGAAGUCCUGGGUUUGAUCCCUAGCAGAGGAACAGAAAGAGGGGGCAGAGGGGGAGGGAGAGAGGAAUAGAGGGAGGGUAGGAAGGAGGGAGGGAAGGAGAAAAUAUAUCUCAGUGUAGGAGGGGCUGUCUUACUGGAGGGUGGGUCUCCAUAAGCCAACACAGAACCCAAAUUUCCCAGUAAAAUUUGCCUAAUAAAUUAAUAGAAACUCUGUAGCUCAAAUGUUACCAUCUCCCAGGGGCCCUCAGCCUCUAGAGAGCACUUAACUAGUCCCACUAGGGCUGGCUCUUUGGCUCCCAGUGAGGAGGAAGAGACCAUACUUUACAUAUCUAGGGUCUCAUGAGCACCAACUAAGACAUAUCGAUUGGGUGAAUAUGUUAUUGGAGCUGAGAGACAUUAGAAAAGAGAGAGAAGGAGAAAAAAGAAAGAAAAGAAAAAGCAGACUUUAGUAUGUUUAUUUGCUGGUUUGUUCUGGACACUAUUUCAGCACUGUGAGACAGGCAGACCUCUGGCUAUGAAGGGUUGUCUCUAGAAACAAUGAUAGUGAAGGCAUUGGAGAUAGGAAUCCAGGGAAAGCCCUCUUCUGGCCUCUGAGGGCCCUUGCAUGAGCGUGUGCAUACACAUAAGUAAUACUUUCCAAAGAUGUGGUCUGAGAAUGGUGGUGUACACCUUUAAUUUCAGCACUGGAGAGGCAGAUGCAGGUAGAUCUAUCUCUGUGGGUUCAAGGUCGGCCUUGUCUACAGAACAGUUCCAGGCCGGCCAGGACUACACACUGAGACAAACCCUCUCUGGAAGGGGCUGGGGUGUUUGAUCAAGUGAGUGCAUUUGCCUCCUUUUAAUUGCAACACAGGGGAGCUGGAAGCAGCAUAGCCAAUAAAGAUUAUCUUCAACUACAUACUGAGUUCCAGGCCAGCCAGGGCUUCAGGAGACCUUCUCUGAAGAGCAAACACACACACACACACACACACACACACACACACACACACACAAAACGAAGCUAUCUUUUCAUCCUUAUAUGAGUAUGUGUAUAUGUAUGUGUGUUUAUCAGGACAUCAGAUCCCAUUGUAGACUGCCAUGAGUCACCAUGUGGUUGAUGGGACUUGAACUCAGGACUGGAAGAAUAGCCAGUGCUCUUAACCACUGAGCCAUCUCUCCAGCCUUGUAACCUAUGUCUUAGGUUCAUGUGUUUUUACCUUGUUAAACAUUUGCUAGUUUAUUUUACAAACAUUUUAGCAGAUUAAAUGUUUAUUAUUAUUAUUAUUAUUAUUAUUAUUAUUAUUAUUAUUAUUAUUAUUAUGACUGAGAGAGAGUAUGGGGCUUCCAAUGCUGUACUGUACAUGUGGAGAUCAGAACUUUCCAUAGUCGGUUUUCUCCUUCCACAUGGGAAUCCCGGGGUGAACCCAGAUUUUCUUGGUUACCCAGCAAGUAUAUUUACCCACUGGGGCAUCUUCCCAGCCCUUCUACCUUAUUUUUUUUAUCUCAUUUAUUUAUUAGAGGGGAAACUCCAAGUUUAGGUAAGAAAGAUUAUUUGGGGAUGUCCCUGCGACCCUCGCUGGUUUUCCCCAUCCUGUCCCUGAGCCAUGGUGUGCUGGUUGAGGCCAGCGGUCAUAAUGGGGGACUGUUUAACCUCUGAAGGGGGAAUUAGACUGGAUAGACUUGUGAGCAAGCCGGGAUACCCACUCCUCUCGUGCUCCUGCUGUGUGGAGACCCUUGCAGUCACUCGGGCUCCCCUUAGCAGACAUCUUUCAUUUGCUGGACUGUGAGAAUAAGAUUAGUUUUGGGUAGGCACGCGGUCAAGACCCGGCCCUAUCACGGAGGGGUGAGAGCAUUCCUGGAGCGGGAGUCAGGUUUCAGAGCCUGAUCCUCAGCAGGCUGCCCACAGCAAGGAGGGCUGGAGCCUGGCUCCUGCGGUUCCGUGGGAAAUCUGAACACCGCCGGCAGCUCAGCAGAGCCGUAAUCUUAUCGGAGCCACGGAAGAAAGCCUUUCGGUUCCAGAGGAGGCAGCUCUGCCUUCCUCUGGUGACAGUGUCUGAGGUUUGCCGAGCCAAUCUAGCCUAUCUAACCCACUGGAAAAACGCACAGCCCUGGGAGAAACAAGACAGCCCCUAAUUGUCCCUGCCUCACUAGGAAGGAGCAAACCGGACUCUGAGGAAAGACCCUCGGAGACCAACUCCAAUGUUGACAGCUCAGCGCAGCCUUCAGUGGCCCAGCUGGCUGGGCGGUUUCGGGAGCAGGCAGCUGUGGCCAGGGAGAGCUGGGGACCGAACCCAGAGCCUUGCACUUGCUAGGCAAGCUCUCUACCACUGCGCUAAAUCCCCAACCCCGAUUUUGCACUUUUGUUUUCUCAAUUAAAAAUAAAAUUGACCCACGGUCUCUAGAGAGGAAUGCUCUAAAGGACAAAGGAGAUGGUCUAGUUCUGCCUCUCGCCAGAAAGGCAAAGAUGUGGAUGUCGUCUUGCAAGACACCAGCCAGUAAGCCAACAAGAAGGAAACCACCCUGCUCCCUCCCCCUCUUCCCCCCCAAGGUAGAGCUGGGCCAGAAUGGUGAGGAGAAAUCACCAUCCAGCACCAGCCACCCACCUAAAAUCAAGGUGAAGAGCUCACCUCUGAUUGAGAAGCUCCAGGCCAAUUUAGCCUUUGAUCCGGCAGCUCUUCUGCCUGGGGCUUCACCCAAAAGUCCCGGACUCAAGGCCAUGGUGUCGCCAUUUCACAGUCCCCCUUCCACACCCAGUAGCCCUGGCAUCCGAUCCCACCCAGGUGAGGCAGAAGAGGUGCCUGUGAGCUUUGACCAGCCUCCGGAAGGUACUCACCUGCCCUCUUACAAUAAGGUAAGGACUAGAGGCUCAAUAAAAAGACGUCCUCCCUCGAGGCGAUUCCGAAGGUCUCAGUCGGACUGUGGGGACCUCAGAGAUUACAGAGCUGUGGAACCAUCUCAGGAAAACGGUGCCAGGGAAGAAAAUGGGGAUGACGUGUUUCCUAGCAAGAGCAAGGACCCCGGGUCCCCCCAACCCAACCAGGAAGCCGGGGCAGAUAGGGUAGAAGGAACCCUGAGGUCUACAGAAAAGCCACGGAGGAGGAACACGUGCAGCAGCACAGAGAAGCCAGAGGAGCUGGUCGGGACCCUAGAGGAGGCGAAUGCCGGAGCGAAGGCUGGACAGACUCCAGACACAGCCAGUCAGGGUCAUCCAGAGGUUCAGGAGCCAUCACAAACCUGCAGCCCAGAGACUGAGAAUGGGUGUGGAAGCCCACGGGAAGAGACAGCCCCUGGAGAGCACACAGACACUGGGAAGGCCACAGAAGGGACAGCCUCUGAGGAAAGGGUAACAGAGGAAGAGGAUGGGCUUGGACAGAAAAGCCCAGAUGCAAAUAUACCCGAGGACGAAGUGGUCAGGGGGAAGGUCCCCCAAACUUCUUCUGGAGAAGCGGAAGGUACCACUGUCCCAGAGCCGGAAGCAAAGCAAAAGGAGGAGGCGCCUCUGGAGCCAAGCGGCAGCCCAGGGGCCGACCAUUCGGCAGGAGAGGCCAGCAAUGAGAUCCAGAGUGAGAAUGCAGUCUCCACGGAAGACAUCCCCGUGGAGGAUACCCGAAUGUGAUGAAGAGCUCAGGGUACCAGUGAUGGGGCCACUGGAGACGUCUCCUUGGAAACAGCAGCAGCAGUAGCAGCAGUAGCAGUUGAUGGAGCAGGGGAACACACUGAGCACCCGGAGGCAGCCCAGAAUGCAGGGCGGAUUGUCUCCCGUAGGCUCCACCAAGCCUUGUCAGAGACCAGAGCUGAGGACAGUAGAGUUUUGUCAACCUGAGUCUGCGCCAUCCGAUGCACCGACUCAGAGUUAAAUAUAUUUAAAGCAGUUUGCUGUGGCGUCUACUCCACAGCAAUCCUGGCCUUCCUGUUGCCCCCCUCCCCCAGGCCUUCCUGCAGCCGACCUCCCAACUAGGCUCUUGUUGAACUUGUGUAAAGUUACAGUCUUUUUCUAUUGUUCUAACGUUUUUAUGGUUCUCAGAUGUAACUUAAGAAAAAAAACAAACUAAUUUUAGGUAGAUAAAGAAGACAGUCUUGUGGAGAAUAAAAUCCUCUGAGUUCCAGAGACCUGAAAAGGUAUCAAAGUCCUCACUAUGAUCUUUCUGUUUGCUCCACAUGGGGAACAGCUGACCAGUUUCCAAAAACAAAGCAAGAUAUUUAUUAAAACAUGUAAAAAUUUUGUUCCUGUCUGUUCCAAGGGCAGGCGCUUUCCCUGUCCCACAGCCGGGAUGAUGAGAACAAGGGAAGUGAUUGGUCCAUCCCAUCCCAUGCUGCCCUGUUACAGGAACUCCCUCAGAGAGGCAGGGUAUGACAUUGUGGCUUUGUGCUUCAUUUCCCCCCUGAAGGUGCAACAGUAUCUGCCUCCUCCAAGCACUGGUUGCACUCUCCUACAAGGUUACACUUGAACAGGAAACUGGCUAACCUCUGGGACAGGUGCUGAGUGUCCACAGCGCAACUUACCUUCUGAGAGCAUCCUCCCUCGUAGCUUCUCUAUGAAGCGUUUGUUUGUUUGAUCUUGAUUUUUUUUUUUUAAUCUCACCAUGUAGCCUUCAACUUACUAUGAAGCCCAGGCUGGUUUUGAACUAGUGAGCCCCCUGCCUCUGCCUCUGGAUUGUAGGUACGCAUCAUCGUGCCUGGCUCUCAGUAAGCAUUUCUCAAAUCCAAGUCCAAGUUCUUCUCCCAGACUCAGGAGGCAUGAGUUGGGGCCGUCAGCCCGUUUUCAUCAGGAAGUCCUGCUUAGUAUCCUGUCUGGGGACAAAACAGGGUUUGUAGGGAUGGGGGUCAGUCUGAUAUCCAUCUCCCCAUGCACUCCUGCUGAAGAAUUGUUAACCUAAAUAAAUGUUGAAUCUUC